UCUCCCUGACAUUUCCUUAUGCGCAGAUUAAUUUUAGCGAAAGUGAAAGAGCAACAGACGGCAGGCCAAGCAGCGGCAGGAGGUCUCUCUCUGAUCAUGGUAUUUACGGGUUUCUACGGGGAACAUGCAGUAAACCAUCUCAGAGCUGGCAGAUGGAUCCAGAUCGAUUCUUCACUCUCUGUGUCUUGAUAGCCUGUGUUCUCGGAAAGACGCGUCUCAGCGGUGCAGGAAAUUGUUUUUGUCCAAAAAUUCCUGAAAUGGAUUUGACUUUACAUGAAGAUGGCUGCUUUGGGAAAGACAGCAAAUAUCGCUACACCUGCAUUGAAGGUUAUGUGAGAAAGGCUGGAACGUCCAAUCUCAUCAAGUGCCAGGAGGAAAAGGGUCGCUUUAACUGGACUGUACCUAAACUCGUGUGUAUACGAGACCCAAAGCUUCCAGCAAUGGACUCAGGUUCUACAACUCAGGCAACAGCCCUACUAGAAACGUCUACAAGCCAUCAGUCUACAAGAAACUCCACUUCUAAGGCUAACAUGCACCAAAGCACAUCAGGAACUGGAAGUACGACAACAGUGCAGCCCUGUACAAAUUCAAGCUCUACACACUCACCAAUGGAAAGGAAUAAUAAAACCAUCUCAACCAUAACUGCAGCAGCCCAGAACACCAUUGGUAUCACUGUAUCCAUGGUGGUCCUACUUGCUGCUGUUAGUGGUGUUGUGUUCUCAAUAUGUCGAAGGAGGAAUCGACCAACUUCUACACACCAAAUAGAGAUAGAGGAAAUGCAACCGAUGAAUCCUGUUUGAUCUGAAAUCUUGAAUUUGUAUAGAAGAAUGUUAAUGGAGGAAGGAAGAAUAGGAAACUUUUAUUUAAUUGUUGACUUAAAAUACUGUUAAUUCAUCUUAUUGUGAAAUUACUUUUUGAAAUCUAGUGUGCAAUUUACCAUUAUGUUUGCUUAUUUAAGAAAUGACAUGGACAGAAAAAAAGUUUACAAGAUGUUAAGUCGUGGCUAUGCGUUACUAAGGUGUGGGUACAAGAUAGUCAAAUUGUUUGCGAGGGUAGCAUAGCAUACAUUCAAGAAACAUGGAGAACUGACAUAAUUUCAUUUUAAUUAAACCUUAGAAUGAACUAUAAUGACAUCCUGUGAUCUCUUGCAAUUAAACAUUAAGUGAUCAUUACUAAGAUACACUUAAUUCAGGUGCUGAAGGCAUACGAAUUGAGAUGUAAAGAUUAUGCGGACAUUGGCCACAUUAUUGACUUGAUCCAGAAGGAGCUGGAAGGACCCAGGAGACUGCAUGGUUAUAGGUGGAGGCCCAAAAAAUGGCAGAUGAACAUCAUCGGGGCAAAAAAGGAGGAUGUAAGGUUAAUCAUUGCACACUGGUCACAACUUAUCUAUCUCGUACCCACGCAUCAAUAAUGCGUCCUGUAAACUUUUUUUCUGUCCAUGUCACCAGACAGGUUCUGUGAUUUAAAAGAAAAGAAAGGGAACAUUCUCUGUUUUCUAUGGUGGCUUCAUUUAAGAUUGAUCCUCUUUUUUUGUUUUCUGAAUUCCGCUGCAUGUUAGGUGAAAAGGACAUCCAAUAAACAAAUCUAAACAGUAAUUAUCCAUUAGGAAUGUACUACUCUUCUUAUGGGAGUGAAAGGUUAAAAUAAAUUUUAUGACUGUAGGUAAAAGGUUUAUGUCAUAUUCUUUUUAUGAUUGCAAGAGAGUGUCUUGUUAUAGUAUCUGUUUAAGCACCAUUGUUUGUCUUCUUGUUUAUUCACUGAAAUCAAUAAAAACUACUAUGCUGGCAAUCCCUCCUGCCAACCAAGGCCAACCAUAGAUUUUUUAGGGCCCUGUGCAGAGUUUAAUUUGGAGCCCUACUUCCAGAUAGGCACCAUCAAAGUACUGGUUUAACUAUAAAAAAAAAAAUGUAUAUAAAGUGUAACUUGGAUAGCGGGUUUUUCUGUUCUGUUCGGUUUAUUUAUAUUAGAGAAAAAAAAUAUUUUGACUAUAUUUUUUUAAUAUAAUUACUGGUUGCGUUAAAAGUGAAGAACAUAAACUAUGCAUAAAAUGAAUUGCUCUGACAGCAUUUCAGCUUUGGGCAUUUAAUUAGCAUGCUGAAAGCUUUCCCCCGCAGCAUGUUGCCGUCAACAUCUUGUUUUCCCCACCACAUUUUAAAUUUACCUUUAUUCUGGCCUUUUUUGCUGUUAUUGUGUACUCACAUACAUAAAAUUUAGUAUAAAAUUCCAACUUACAUUUUAAGUUUGACGUUUUCUUCUACAACGGAGCUUGACACUAUGAACAUGCUCCUGCAACAUUUUUAAAAACUCGUUUAGAAAUUUUACAAGUACAAAUCGCAACUGCUAAAGAUUUUUUAGAAAAAUACCUACAUUUCAUGAUGUAACAAAACAUUAUAUUUAGAUUUGACAACUCAAUUGUUUGUGAGUUUUUGAAUGUUCCUUGGUGCCCCCUGCUGGUUUGGAGGCACAGGCAGCAGCUUCAACUUAUCUGCUGAAGUGUAUCAAAGAGAGGCCCAUUCUUUUUGUUUAGUCUGUACAUACUUUUAGCUAGACAUAGUAAGAUCAAAAUAUUCAUAACAUAUCAGACAGUUACCACUCGUAUUCCCUGUAUGUAUGUGAAUGAACUGAAGUGUUUUUAUUGUGAAUAUUAUCACUUAUAUUUUUAUAUAAAAAUCCAUGCGUGUGAAAUGAUCCAGAUUUAA